UGCAGAAUAAAAUGACCACCAGGCGGUGAGAACUGAGUGUGUGUUGACUUUCUUCAUGAGGGCUGAGAGAUGACCAUGAACGGCCGCUGGUCCUUCAACACCCUGGCCGUCAUCUUUAUCCUGCUGUCCACUGCAGCUCUCUCUGCGCACUUCAGGGUGUGUGAGCCUUACUCCGACCACAAGGGGCGCUAUCACUUUGGUUUCCACUGCCCUCGACUCUCAGACAACAAGACCUACAUAUUCUGCUGUCACCAUAACAACACGGCCUUCAAGUACUGCUGCAAUGAAACUGAAUUUCAGAGCGUGAUGCAGCUCAACCUCACCACCAACUCAGACGGCUUUGCCCACAAUAACUACACUGCUCUCAUCGGCGUGUGGAUUUAUGGCUUUUUCGUCAUGGUCCUCCUGGCUUUGGACUUCCUGUACUAUUCAGCUAUGAACUACGAGUUGUGCCGGGUCUACCUGGAGAAAUGGGGGCUGGGAGGACGGUGGCUCAAACAGGCCAGGAUUCAAUGGCACAGUGCGGCUCAGGAGGGCGAACACAACAUGGGAUCAGGCCUGAGUCAGCACCAUGCGCGGCACAGUUUGAGAGGAGAAGCACAGAGCCCUACGCUCUUGACCUUCCAGACCUCAACAGCCUGAUAUCCAGUUUUGAUCCCAAUGAUAUACUUAGUAUGACAAAGGAGGAACAGCCAGGAAAUGGAGAUUUAAAUUCAGAGACUCUUUUCCUGGUCCCAUCUACAUUUAGGACACGGACUGUGCCGGCUACCUCCUGCAGCUCUGCUGGAUGGCAUUUUCUCCACACAAAGAAGCUGAUGCUGAGACUGACAGCUGCAAAUGAGUUUCUCUGCCCAAUCAGAGGAGGCUUGUUCAGAUGGAUCUACUUUUCGACAGCUGUUGAAGGACUUUUAUGAGACUUUUGUCUUAGAUGCCCACUACCUUGCCUUGUCAUUUCAGAAGUUAGGAACAGGGAAUAGGACUUUGCGAAAAGAUAGAGAAGAGGCCGUUGUGUCCAUAAAUCUCUGCAGUAUACAGUGCUGUGAAAAAGUUUUUGCCC